GCGUGCUUUCCCGUCAUUAUUUGUUGAUCGCUUUAUUGAGCUUUUUAAUUAUUAUUAUUCCUUCUCAUAUUUCUCAUUCCGUCUUUCCCUAUUUGUGUGUGUGUGUGUGUGUGUGUUUGUGCUUGUGGUGUCUCCCGCUCCCACCUCCUGCGGAGGAAUUCGGCGUAGGCGGCGGCAGACUACGAAGGUGCAUGGGAUGUGUGUGUGUGUGUGAGAGAGAGAGAGGGAACAAAGUAGCGCUGGCAAAUCUGGGUUGUAUCGACACAUGCAUAUACAUAUCACCUCAAAAGCAGAUACAUAUUGUCUCCUUCCUUUGGGUUAUUGUAUUCUUUUUUUCCCUUGUUCUACGUCCUGAUUUUCUUUUUCCUUCUUCUGGGUUCGUGCACGUUACAUACCUUAAGCUCUUGGUGGCUUCUGCCAGUUUCACGCCCGGCAUUAAUUGGACUGUUUGUAAUAUAAUUAUUAGUAUUAUUAGUAGUAUCAUUAUUAUUUGUUUUGCGUUCUGCGUUGGUCUAUGCACUACUUUUGUUGACCCCCCGCGCUUUCUUCGUUAAGCGUUUUCCUCACCUUUGCGUUUUUCUUCUCUGCGGCGUCUUUUUUAUUCUUCCUUCCUUCCUUCCUUUUCUUUUUGAGAAGACAUAUAGAUCUAUAUACAAAUCUAAUCAUCGCCUCAUUGCGUAUUAGCUCAAUUUUGUUGUUUAGCGUUUUGCUUCUGAGAUAUGCACCAUCGCGGCUCCUCUCCGUUGGCUACGCCGCGGACGUCACGGAGCGUGGACGAGCCGUCGCCCAGCUCCUCUCUCCUCGGGCCCCAGCAGCGGCAGCACACGCGCGUCGGUGCGGGCGACUUCGGCCCCUACGACAACGCCAGCCUCAGCGCCGACCCCGACGUCCCGCCAGGCGUACGCGCACAGGCGGUGGGUGCGGAUGUGCCUCGCCGAUCAGCAUUAUCGCCGGCAAGUCGGCGACUCCACCACUCGCCCGUCUCGUCAUCGGCGUCGUCGUCUUCCUCUACGACAUCAGCGGACUCCGAUGCCGAGUCCGACUCUGCCUCGUCUCACGGCGAGGGCGGUGCUGCGGACUCGAGGAAGACGACACAGUCCGCGACAGACGGCACUGCCACCACCACCGCAGCAGCAGCAGCAACCGCGAAGUCGAAUAAAAGAAGGUCGACCCGCGCUCGUCACUGGCUGAAGAAGCGACUCAUCCCGCAAUUCAUGUCCGAGUACGGCAAGACGGUUUACGGUGGUGCGCCCCUCGCCCAGCAAACGCUGCCAGGCAUCUUCAACUACCCCUCCCCCUUCCCGCUCGUCCCGCUCUUCUUUGCGUUUAUGAUCCCGUUUGUGGUUGUCGGGGCGCUCAUGCUGGUGGAGGGACCGCGGCACCGCGUCGUGGAGGCGGAGUACAGUCAUAUCCACCAGUACCAGUACGUGCCGACGGAUCCGGCGGUGAACAUCAACCAAGGCCUGCUGAAGUUCACGGCGGAGGGCGCCACCCACGCACAGGGCACGCGCACGUGGCUCCAGGUGAACAUCACCCGCCACCUCAAGGGCCCUGUGUACAUGUACUACAAGCUGGACAACUUCUACCAAAACUACCGCGACUUCCACGACGGCCGGUCAAUCCCGCAGUUGACGGGGAAGCAGAAGCUGGGCAACAUCUACACCUGCAAGCCCUACACCCACCCCGGCUUCCGCGAAGGCGAGAUGGACACCCCCAUCGUCUUCACCGACGCCAGCGGCGCCGCCGUGAACACGACGCUCGCCUCCUUCACCUACAGCCCGUGUGGCAUCGCGCCGUGGUCGAAGUUCAACGACACCUUUGUGCUCUAUCGCCAGCUGACGGCGGCCGAGGCGGCAGCGGCGGCGGCGGCCGGCACGACGGUGGUGAUGGGCGGCGAGGACGGGACGGCCGCCCUCGAGCUGGUGUGCAACGGCACCGACUUCGGCCUCCGCGGCGAGCCCCUCGGCGGCAGCGUCGCACCGAACCACUGCGCGAAGGAUGGCAUCACCUGGAGGGCGGACCGGGACGUCCGUUACCACAACAUGACCCUCCGCCAGGACUGGUGGUCGCUCUACUACCCCUAUCCGACGACCAACGAGUACCUGCGCAACGGGUGGUACCUGCACGAGCCGGGCCACGCGUUGCCGGAUCCGUCCGACUACGACCUGCAGGUGUGGAUGCGCGCCGCCUUCGUGUCGAGUUUCCACAAGCUGUACCGCAUCAUCGCCGUCGACCUGUCGCCUGGCGUGUACUGGGUGGACAUCACGGAGGUGUACGACGUGGUCACCUUCCGCGGACGCAAGAGCAUCGUCCUGCACAACGGGAACUGGACGGGCGGCCGCAACAUCGUCCUGGGUGUCGUCUUUAUCGUGAUGGGCUGCCUCUCCUUCAUUGUCGGCGUCGCCUUCACGGUGGAGUGCCUCCUGCAGCGGAACGGCGUGAACCGGUACGAGCACCUGCAGGAGCCGAAGCGGAGUUGGUACGUCUUCCCGCCGGAUGAUGCGCAGUUUGCCCAGUACUACCAGCUGCGCUUGCGGCGGCACAUUCCGCUGUCGCAGCUGCAGGCGUUGCGGAAGACGGUGGAGGAGCUGGAGGGACUCGCGCCCGGCUCGCAGGACGGCUCACUCGCACAGCAGCAGCAACCGAGCAACGGCAGCGGUGCUGAGGCGAGUGACAGGGACGAGAACGUGGCUCCGCAGCCGCGAGAGUAA